AUGGCUCCUUUUGAUUUACCAAAUGUGCCUCAUUCAGAACCCAUCCUUCCCCCUCAGCCACCUUCGUCCCCUCCGUCCAUCGCCUCUGAUGGCCGCCGAACCAGGAAGCCACCCACGGUGACGCCCCGGUCCUUUCGUCGAUUCUUCACGCCACGAUCACUACUUCCGACAACCGAUAACUCCAGUACCCCGACAACGAGUCGUCAGGCCUUGAGAGCCCUCACUUCGCCUGCCGUCAACCGGUUAGGACCUGCAUUUUCCCGCACCUCCAAGGCCGGCACCAGAAGCCCUCACGAUGGCUUGCCGGAAGACUUCAUCCGAACCCCGAGCCGAAAACGAAAGAACUCCUUCUCUUCAGUCGCAUCUCCCCCGCAAUCGUCCCCUCUGAAGAGAGUUCGAGUUCGGUCCCCCACAAGUGAGCUCGAACAUGAUAUCCAAAUCCCCAACCUCGACUUCGACCUGCGAGCCCCGGAAGCUCCAAUUGUGCCGAAACAGCUACCCCCCGCUGCCCCCGUGCGCCGCUCGAAGGCAUUGGCAACGUCUGGUGCCCUGUUCAUGCGAAGUGUGCUCGGUUCGCGACCAAACAAAGUCACUCUACGAGCAAACUCCGGAGUUGGCUGGCAAGAUCUCACCUCCGAUUUUUAUUCACAAUCAGCGGAUCUCCACGCCUGUUCUAGCUACUCGUCCGAGGGGGCACCGGCCCUUCCGUUCUGCAACGCUUCAUGCAAUACAAACUCGAUGGUAGCUGUGGGUGAUGAAGAGGGUGGUAUUCGACUGCUGGAUUCAUCCUUUGAAGAAGACGCUGGGUUCACCGAUGCGUACCUUGGAUUCCGUCCUCACAUGAACUCGAUCAUGGACAUGGAGUUUUCAUCCGACGACAUGUAUCUGGCCACUGCAUCUGGAGAUCAAACGUCUCUUGUAAUUGACAUGACGACACAACAACCCAUAUACUGCUUGUCAAACCACUCGUCUUCCGUGAAGCGUGUCCAAUUUCAGCCGGCAUCGAACAACAAGGUGCUUGCAACAUGCAGCAGAGACGGCAAUGUGAAUAUCUGGGAUCUUCGCUGCAAAGGAUUUGAACGACCCGCUUUGCAAGUGCGAUGCUCUCUGGAAAGUGAAAGUGAGCCUCCAGCUGCGCCUACUGCACUUCCGAAGAUGCUUUACCCUCACGUUCUGAACACCAUCGGGGGAGCCCAUGCCUAUACUACCUCCCAAAAGCCAGUACUGGACAAAAGUGACAUACAGCCAGUUGGCCGGACAGAUAUCACUGUUACUUCUCUCGCCUUUCUCUCACCAGGCCGUGAGAACCUCUUCGUCACGGCCUCCGAGGCCAGUGCAAGCGUCAGACUCUGGGACAUCCGCACCGCACACAACAACCGCCGCGGUCGACCUGUUGCUCCCUUGUCCACCACACAGGAACCUGAAAGUCACCUGAAAUAUCGACGCUUUGGCCUGACCUCUAUAGCGUUUGGAGGAGACGGCUCUCGACUGUACACACUUUGUCGCGACAACACGGUUUACACCUACUCGACAUCCCACUUAAUCCUUGGCCAUGCUCCUGAGAUGUCCAUCCACAACAACCGUCCCCGCCGAACCGGUGGCUCCGACAAAGAUGGCCUUGGACCUCUUUAUGGGUUCCGCCACCCUCGCCUGCAGGUCUCUUCCUUCUAUGUGAAGUUAGCCGUUCGCAAGGCAAGCCAAGACCGCCCGGAAAUGCUCGCCACUGGUAGCACCGAUCACUGUCCUAUCUUGUUCCCCACCGACGAACGAUUCCUGAGUAACCCCGUGAAAGCGCCCGUGGAACCCACACCCAGCCGAACUUCGCUGUUCACUCGCCCUGGGCUUCGUCGUACCAACUCUAGUAUUGGGUUGUCUGGACGCUUGGAGGAUACAAUCCCCAUCCACCAGUCAGGCACUGCCCUGAUCGAGGGCCACCAGAAAGAAGUGACAGGGUUAUCCUGGACGCCAGAGGGGGAGCUCAUCACCGUGAGUGACGACUACACCGCUCGAUGCUGGCGUGAAGGACCUGAAGCCCGAGAUCUUCGAACCGGUGGUGAAACAGAAGGCAAGCGCUGGCAGUGUGGCUGGGCUGAUAUGAAGGAUUCAAUUGACGACGAAGACGAAUGA